GUGGACGAGACGCGCAUCCGUCCGCGCUGCGCCGCCGCUCCUCCGCCGCAGGACGGAGCCGCUCCGGGCGCGAUCACAUGCGCGGGCCUGCCGCGGAUCUCGCAUCACCACGGCAACCGACGUUCACAGCGCGUCCCCGCGGCAGCAGCAUCCGUGCGCGGCGACCCUACCAUCCACAGGCGAGAGGAAGGAGAGAGGAAGCAGAGAAGAAGCAGAGAGGAAGCGGAGAGCAAAGCCACAGCAGCCAUGGUGAAGCUGGGCAGCAAUCUGUCUGAGAAGCCUGAGAAGCUGGAGAAGCAGCCGUCUGCGGACGACGGCUUUGAUAACAUUCCGCUCAUCACGCCCCUGGAGGUCAACCAGCUACAGAAGCCGUUCGCGGACAAGAUCAUUGUGAAGACGACGACACAGUACCAGCUGCAGCAGGAGAAGAAAAACAAGCUGUACCUGCCGAACAUCAAGAAACUGAACAUUAACUUCUACAGUGAUGUUUCAGAGAAAAUUAAGAUCACAGGUCUGAUCCUCAUCACUCUGGCCUUCUUGACCAGCCUGCUCCUCCUGCUCAUGUACAAGGCAAUGUGGUACGACCAACUUACCUGCCCAGAGGGUUUUAUCCUGAAGCAGAAGCACUGCUCCCCGACAGCUCUGGAGAUGUACUUCCCAGAGCAGCAGCAGCAGCAGCAGCAGCAGCAGCAGGACGAGCCCGGCGUCACCAGUGGCACCAGCCGCUGUACGCUGUACGCUGCCCUCAGUCAACUCAAGAGGCCUGGACCCGAGCUGCCAUCACCGUGGUUACCAGUCAUCAGCUCUCUAAAGGAGGCCGAGGUGGCGAAGCGAGGCAGCGAGCCGCUGAAAAGAGGACUGGAGGGAGAGGAGUGAAGGGUCUGAUGGAGAUGUAGGUGUUAGAGGAGGACGUAUGAGGAUGGGCAGUGCCGUGUGUGUGUUUGUGUGUGUGUGUAUGUGUGUGUGAAUGUGUGUGUGUAGUGCUCCUACACCUUAAAAAUGUUUGAAUAUCUGUCAGAAUUUUGAAUCAACAACGUAAAGCACAAAUUUACUUAGCUUCAUUCCAGUUAUGUUAUGUUGAUAUUUAAUAGCUAAUAUCGGUUUAAUAGCUAGUAGAUGAUAUUUAAAAGCUAAUACCCGACGUGUGUGCAUGUGCGUGUGUGUGUGUGUGUGUGUAACUGUGUGUCUGUGUGUAUGUGUGUGUUGUGAGUUGCUGUGGUUAGAGGCAGGCAUGUUAUUAAAGUGUUGGAGAAUGUGGCUGACUUUUGCAGUGUUACUGAGUCAUGUGUAAACGCCUCCAUCUGCAUUGUGUGUGUGUGUGUGUGUGCACAUAUACACACUGUCAAUGCACAUUACAUUCAUAUGCAGUGUGCGAGUGUGUGUGAAUACACUGCAUGAUUUGUGUGCUUGUUGGAGAAACUUGGAAGUGCGAGAAGAGAAGCGAGGCGAGAGCUCCGAGCGAGAAGUGAAGAUAACAAGUUUUUAAUGAGAUCGCUCGGAGUUUGUCCUCAUCGCUCCAUCUUGUUAUCUCACUGUCUGUUCAUUUAGUCUUGGAGGGGAGUGUAUAUGAGAUCAGCCGGGAAUGUGCUCACACCUCAGCCAUUAAAACAAGGAGCCAUAACCGUUGAUUUUAAUAUUUGCUGAAAUGAUUUGAUCCUACAUCUUAUCAGCCCACGACUGCAAAUUACAGUCCUGUGAAAUGAAAGUCAAGUGAAAGUACUGCUCUUACAUACCGAGCGACUCGAGUUACACAACCACAAGCGGUCUGUGUGCGUUAAAGCAGACUCACACAGUGACUCUGGAAAGUAUCCACUAGUAAAUCUAAUCAAUUUUUAAUUAAAUCUACUAAAUGAUAAAGUGUGCAGUAAUUAAAGAGGCCUGCAUAUACUUUCCAAAGCCACUGUACAAGACUCCAUUUGAAGCUUCUUUUACAUAAUGUGUUUGCUGCCUACUGUAAUUAUGGAUAAAACUUGAGACAUUAAUGUAUUGUCACAAAAAUAUCUAAAUAAUAUUAAUGUGUGAACUUAUGUGUAAAACUAGCAAAUGAAGCUCCGUCCACGUUUAGUUACUAGUUUUAUUAAGUAUGUGUAAAUUAAAUGAUCACAGGGUUACUAUGGUCCUUAUAUGAAUGUAUGAAGAAGCGUCUUUAAUCAUGCAGGAUCUACUAUAGUCAUUGCUUAUAAUGUACGACCAACAGUGUUACAAUGUUCUAUUUAUUUCUAUUCAUGUGUUUUGAUUUUAGUGUCUUUUCAAUUGAAAACCUGUGUUUGCAAAUGUUGUAAAGUAUUCUGUUCCAGCCUAUCAUGUGAAAUUCUUCUUUUGAACAACUUUUAAACAUGCAUUUUUUUUAACUUAUCAGAUAUAACAUGAUAUAACCUGGCAAGUCUUGAUUCACGCCUUUUGACCUCUUCUCUUUGUCUUACCAUGUUUUAACAAACCAAACUCUUCAUGUGAGAAGAGAUGAAUGUGCAGCACAGCCUGUCCCCCUGGGUCCAAGUGCCAAACGCUUACAUCAGACCCAUCUGCUCUGAUGUCACCGACUGAACACAAAUAAAAGCCUGAAGUGUU